UGCUCGUGGUGGAUGAGAGUAUGGAAUAUAAUGGCCAAUAUAAGUUGUAUUCCCGCCCUGGGGAGAUGAGUCCUAUUUGAAGUGCUCCUUCUUCUUUCCUUCCGCCUUCCCUCUUCUUCCCUCGUUGACCUUCCCAUCCACCUUCCUCCCUAGCUCAUUCGCAUCCUCAUUCGAAACUCCAUUCCCCCCAUCACCAUCCUCCUCUCUCCUCUCCUCUUAGUCUUUCUAUCACUCCGCCUCCACGGUGUGACAUAUCAUCUUUCCAGCAGUCGAAUCUCAGUCAUCCCCUCGCUUUCCUGCUGCUUCUACCCGUCUCCUUCUCUCGCCAUGACCGACUCCACCACCGUGGGCCAACAGACCUAUCUCACCUACAAGAGCCGCUAUAUCGGCCUCUUUGCCAUCGUUCUCCUCAACAUCUCCACAGGAUUCGUCUGGCUGACCUACUCCUCAGUCUCAGACGCUGCUCAGGGCUACCUCAACUGCGACGACACCGUCGUCAAUGUCACCUCGAUCCUUUACUUUGUCGCCUAUCUCAUCAUGGGCCCCGUCUCGGGUUGGAUGUUCGAGAAGAAGGGCAUCAAGAAGAGUUUGUUCUUUGGAGCCGCCAUCCAGGUCAUCGGUGCCCUCCUCCGCUACCUCGCCAACUUCGUCGAGUCCACCCCCGCCAGUCCUGGUGGUCGUCUUGCAUUGACGUUGAUCGGCCAGAUCAUCGCUGCCUCGGCUCAACCCUUCUUCUUGAAUGUGCCCCCCAAGUACGCUGCUGUCUGGUUCUCCGAGAACGGCCGCACGACGGCCACCAUGAUCGGUUCCGUCUCCAAUGCUUUCGCUGCUGCUCUCGCCCAAUUGAUCAUCCCAGAGAUCACCAAAGAUAAGGAUUCCAUGUCGACCUCGGUACUCAUCUGCCUCAUCCUCUCGGCUGUCGCCAUUAUUCCCGUUAUCUUCAUGUCUGAGCGUCCUCCUACGCCUCCCUCGCCCUCUGCUGCUGAGGCUCUCCUGGAGACUGCAGAGGAGCCCUUCUGGGUCAGUCUCAGGAAGGUCGGCAGCAACAAACAGUUCUUGAUCCUCAUGUUCCUGUUCGGCACCUUUGUCGGCUUCUUCAACGCCUUCUCGUCGCUCAUCUCCCAGUUCGCGAAGCCUUACGAUUACAAUGCGAAUGAGGCCGGGUAUUUUGGUGCCGCUAUGAUUGUUGCUGGUCUGGUCGGUGCAGGCAUCGCUGGCCCAGUGAUCGAUCGCAACAAGCAGUUUAAGACCUUGUUGAAGACUAUGGUUCCUCUUGCGACAUUGCUCUACAUUGUCUUUAUCUUUGUCGUCCGCAAGGAUUUCUUCAUCGGUAUCAUUGUCGUCUCGGCCCUUCUGGGUCUGUUCUCAUUUGCAUUGCUGCCCAUUGUCUUGGAGCUCGGAAUCGAGUGCACGUAUCCAGUUACGCCUGCCUCCUCGACCUCGCUCCUCUGGGGCUCUGGUCAGUUCUUUGCUGUCAUUUUCUUGCUCGUCCUGGGCGCCCUUCAGGACGAGCAAAAGUCGAGGGACACAGGCAUCAACCCUCCCCUGAUCUUCAUUGGUGUCUGGUGUCUGUUGGCUACAUUCCCCGUAUACCUCUACAAGAGCCCAUAUCUUCGUCUGGAGUCCGAGUCCCGUUCGCGCGCCGAGUACGCUAUCAGCAAGCAAGAAUAUGGCAUGGAGGAGGUCCCACUUGAGGACACCAAGUAGGAGCACGGUGAAAACGUCAAGGGCGUUGCAUAAGAAGACGAUCCACGGCAACGCCACAUGAAAUGUAUAUUCAGUUCUUUAUAUUUCUUGAUACAUAAUAAUAUACCCGCCUCCGUCCAUUUCCUCUAUACCAUCCAUGUCUCCUUUACUGCAGAUAGACAUUAUGGCAAUAUGCAAUAUACUGCUUUAUCGUAUUCAGCAUCAAAUAC